AUGGGCCAGUGCUACUACAAUGAGACCAUCGGCUUCUUCUACAACAACAGUGGCAAGGAGCUCAGCUCCCACUGGCGGCCCAAAGAUCUGGUUGUGGUGGCGCUGGGCCUGACUGUCAGCGUGCUGGUUCUUCUGACCAACCUGCUGAUCAUCGCAGCCAUCGCCUCCAAUCGCCGCUUCCACCAACCCAUUUACUACCUGCUUGGCAACCUGGCCGCAGCUGACCUCUUCGCCGGUGUGGCCUACCUCUUCCUCAUGUUCCACACAGGCCCACGCACAGCCCGGCUGUCACUCCGGGGCUGGUUCGUGCGGCAGGGCCUGUUGGACACGAGCCUGACGGCCUCCGUGGCCACACUUCUGGCCAUUGCCGUGGAGCGGCACUGCAGUGUGAUGGCCGUGCAGCUGCACAGCCGCCUGCCCCCAGGCCGGGUCAUCAUGCUGAUCGUGGUCGUGUGGGUGGCCGCGCUGGGGCUGGGGCUGCUGCCUGCCCACUUCUGGCACUGCCUCUGUGCCCUGGACCGCUGCUCUCGCAUGGCCCCCCUGCUCAGCCGCUCCUACCUCACCGUCUGGGCGCUGUCCAGUCUCCUCGUCUUCCUGCUCAUGGUGGCCGUCUACACCCGCAUCUUCUUCUAUGUCAGGCGGCGAGUGCAGCGCAUGGCUGAGCAUGUCAGCUGCUACCCCCGCUACCGUGAAACGACGCUAAACCUGGUCAAGACUGUUGUCAUCAUCCUAGGGGCAUUUGUGGUCUGCUGGACGCCGGGCCAGGUGGUGCUGCUCCUGGAUGGUCUGGGCUGCAAGUCCUGCAACGUCCUGGCAGUGGAGAAGUACUUCCUACUCUUAGCCGAGGCCAACUCGCUGGUCAAUGCCGUGGUGUACUCGUGCCGUGAUGCUGAGAUGCGCCGCACCUUCCGCCGUCUUCUAUGCUGUUGGUGCCUCCGCCCGUCUACCCACGAGUCUGUUCGCUACACAACCGCCACCCACAUGGGCACCAGCACUCGCAUCAUGCUUCCUGAGAACGGCCAUUCCCUGAUGGACUCCACCCUUUAA